UUGUUAAGUGCAAAUGAGAACUUGUGUUGAGAUUGAUAUACUGUGAAGAAGUUGAAACUAUUAGCGAUUAGUUCAGGUUUAAAUAUCAACAUACGGAGUUAACUCCAUAUAUUUGCUGAGCAGUUUGUUUUAUACACAAUAUUGUCAAGUAUAAAGAUCUAAAGUAACUUAUAAACUUGUUAAAGUUCUUGAUUCAAAGUGGCUAGCGGUGGUGCAAAAAUUGCCAUUUUGGUGUACCAAAAAAUAAGGGAAUCGAAAAAAUCAAGCAGUGGGUGAAAAUAGACGGACCAAACGAACGGCCAUAAGCAAAAGAGAAAAUUAUUUUACUAGACACAGUUAAGUGGAUAGUUUAAUAUAUUGAAAGUAUAAGCGGAAAUCUGCAAUUAACCAAAACCAGUGGAUAAUAGGCUGAGGAUCUUUACAAAAAAGAGUCAAAAGGAGGCUUGCAGUUCACUGAAAGAACAGUAAUAAGGCAAUCGACGUGCAUCACAAACGUUGGGAAUCACUAUAAAAAAGGGACAUAAAUACCACCGAUUUGGUACGGAGCUCUAGGUUUUCAAAUGCGCCCUCUUUCAUGUGAACUUAAACCAAAAACCACUCAUACUUCGCAAAUUCAUUAACUCGCCACAGCAGGCCAAGGCACACAAAUCAUCUUCAUUUGGAAAUAAUAUAUUACCGGUGAAUGAACUAAGUCAACAUUGCAGUAUACGUUUUUGGAAGCAAAGGUAUUCCGGCGUACAUAAAGCCAAGAGAUAUCGAGGGAAAACACUGAAAUUGAUAUAUAUAUAUAGAAACCUUUGAACCCUGAACUACAUCAAGUUAAACAGUCCAUUUUCUAACGUCGUGUUAAGAAGUCCUAGCGCCACUAGGAGUGCAAAAGAGAUAAAAAUUUAAAGAAAGAACGAAACUUUCAAGAAAAUUAAGAUGAAUGAAUUAGACAGUCUAAGACAAGAAGCUGAGUCUCUAAAGAAUGCGAUUCGUGAUGCACGAAAGGCUGCGUGCGAUACGUCGCUUUUGCAGGCUGCCGCUUUGCUAGAACCUAUUGGACGUAUACAAAUGCGCACGCGACGGACGCUGCGCGGUCACUUGGCCAAAAUUUAUGCCAUGCAUUGGGGUAAUGACUCCAGAAACCUUGUAUCAGCCUCACAAGAUGGUAAACUUAUCGUUUGGGAUUCGCACACUACGAAUAAAGUGCAUGCCAUACCGCUGCGUUCUUCGUGGGUGAUGACCUGUGCAUACGCACCAUCGGGAAGCUACUACGUUGCUUGCGGUGGCCUCGACAACAUGUGUUCAAUCUAUAACUUAAAGACACGCGAAGGUAACGUACGUGUGUCCCGUGAACUGCCGGGCCAUGGUGGCUAUCUAUCAUGCUGCCGUUUCCUAGACGACAAUCAAAUUGUGACAAGCUCAGGAGAUAUGUCGUGCGGUCUUUGGGACAUCGAAACGGGUUUGCAGGUUACUUCUUUUCUUGGUCAUACGGGAGAUGUGAUGGCCCUGUCCCUGGCACCGCAAUGCAAAACCUUUGUCUCAGGUGCGUGUGAUGCGUCUGCGAAGCUAUGGGACAUACGAGAAGGUGUUUGCAAACAAACGUUCCCCGGGCAUGAAUCUGAUAUCAAUGCGGUCACUUUCUUCCCUAAUGGACAGGCCUUUGCGACAGGAUCAGACGACGCAACCUGUCGUCUCUUUGACAUACGUGCCGAUCAAGAAUUAGCUAUGUAUUCACAUGACAACAUAAUUUGUGGUAUCACCUCCGUUGCGUUCUCCAAAAGCGGCCGCCUGCUAUUGGCGGGGUACGACGAUUUUAACUGUAAUGUAUGAUGGGACACCAUGAAAGCAGAGCGCUCGGGCAUUCUAGCCGGCCACGAUAACCGUGUUUCAUGUUUGGGAGUCACUGAAAAUGGUAUGGCAGUAGCAACAGGAUCGUGGGACUCGUUUUUGCGCGUGUGGAAUUAAAUAUCGUGCACAACGCGUAUUAAUGGGUGGGGUAGGGUCAACGUGGCGGUGAUUGCGCGCAGUCAGCGUUUAGCAGUAGCGACAAUAACAACAGCAGCAACAAAAACAAAAUCCCCUCAAAUAAAGGUGAAGAUACAUACAUAUUUCGCAGCAAUAACAUUUUUAUGCUCUGAUAUCAAUGGUUCCAUGUUACUGUUAUUUGGCGAAACGGGGACAGUAUAGGAGGACCGCUUGAUGUAGUAAUCAUGCAACCGCGAUAAUGAGGAUGGAACACGGCGUUAACUGCAACGUAGACCACAGCAAAAACAAGAACUUUAUAUACAAAUUAUUUAUAUUGCUAUAUACUUAUUAUACUUAUACAACAAACCAAAACACAGACAUACACAGCAACAUACAACUAGACAUACACAGCAACAUACAACUAGACAUACACAAGCAUACAAGUAUAUUAUUAGUGUAAAUGAAAAAUACGAAACAGAUCCCAUACUGCGCUGUCGCUGAUAGUCAGUUGUGUUUAGUCAGAAUUCCGGUUAAAGCUACAGCUAAAAGUACGUAAAAUUAGUUCAAAUCGUCUACAAGUCAUAUAUGGGCUGAGACCUUCGCUAUAUAGUAAAAACAAAAUGAGUGUGCACCAUAUUGAUUACUAUGAUAGCACUAGCACGAUAAUUAUGGUAAUAAUACUGUAAUAUCCGUAUAUAUGAGUAUGAAUAACGGAUGAUUCGUCAGUCUCAUUUGCCAGUCUUCAAACCAAAAAAUUCUUACAUGACUACAUACACGACAGAGAGUUGGUAAUAAUGAAGCAAAGUCAAAUAAAAUAAAAGCAUUUACAAAAAAAAAAAAAAAAAUCUGGUAGAAAACAUAAAAGCUAUAAAUUACAAAAUGUAAUUAUUAAAGAAAUGAAGAAAAUCAGUAAACAAUACACUUUAUAAAACAUUUUUCUUAUAACGUUUAAGUCCUUAAUUUAUAUACAAACAAAGUAAGAAUGAUUUAAAUAACAUACUUAUUAGUGAAAAAAAACUAUUUACAUAUUUAAUUGACGGCCAUAUAAGCUACAACAAUAAAUGGAAUAAUUAACUCUAAAACCUAAAGAAAUUUAUAAAUGUUUAACGAAAUCUUAACAUAUAGACUAACAGAAGUAACGGUCGUGAAUGUACUACACUCACAUGCAUAACCAGUAGCAACAUUACGUAUGAAUUUACAAACCUCGUGACCGGCACAUUAACUUUAUCAAUUGUUACAGGAUAAGAGUACUCGAGAGUUCAUCAUACUUAACUUUACCAGAUGUGGAAAGAGUUGCAAUUUAAUAUGUAGUUUGCUUAUUGUUUGAUCAUAAGACACUAAGAGUUUCUCUAUUAUGACCUAAAUUUCAACUGUUAUUUUGUUUAAACAUACAUGCAACUUAAAAACCAUUCAUAUUAUACCGCUCAACGAGGAUGGAUAAAAACGUAAAUAAAAAAGCACUUCAUUAUAUACUUACUGAAUUCAAUAUUUAUGUUUCCUUUAUAUAGCUGGAAAGGCUUGCACGUCGAAACAUACACAAUGCUACGCAAAAAUGAUUAAGAACCACACGCUUUACAAAAGAAAACAUAAAUCGUUUAAUUAGUAAUUGCUGCAGGAACAGAAUUUAUAAGCUUAUUUUUAAUGUUUAACUGUUACACUGAACAGUGGGUACUAUUAAAAUUUAGUUCCGGUAAAUGGCAAAAAAACAAAAAAAAAAAACCCAAAAAUCACAUGGGUGGGUAUUAACACAAUUCGAAA